AGAUGACGUAAAGGAUUGUGGAUAAGCAGGGUACGGUAACCGGAAGAGUGCGUUCCGCGCUCCAGCACUCAGCAGCUGACACCGGCGCGAUGAGGGCGGCGUUACCUGCGCUCAUUCUCUCCGUCUCCUGGGUGCUGGUGUCUCCGCAGCCUCCGCAGGACGGCUGGACGGCUCCCUGGUUUUGCCAUGGCUAUGAGUGCCCACCGUACACCGUUGUACAUCAAUAUGAGAAUUUUGAGGAGCGUCUGUAUAACGCCACCCGCUGGAUGUCGACCGAGGUCGAAGACUCAACUUACACGCCUUUGUACAAUGGGUUCAUGAGGCUGUAUUCUUACACCGACGGAGCGAACGAAGCAGGACAGCAGCUGGCGCUGACGCGACCUGUUGCUGUCACUGUGCUCGACUCCGACAGCGGAGAGACAAAGCAGGUGUCCAUCGCUCUCUAUAUAGGACCCUACACUGACCCUCCCAAGCCCACAGACGCAUCCAUUAAGGACGUCAGCGUGCUUGCUGGCACUGUGUACGUCAGGCAGUUUUCUGGAGUCGCGCAUGAGGCUGAUUGGCUGGAGAACCUUGCGUCCCUGAAGAGCGACCUGCGGUUGGAGGGGAAACAGUACAACUCCCAAAAAUAUGUGGCCGCCGGGUACGACCCCCCAUGGACCCUCAUCAACCGGCACAAUGAGGUGUGGAUCCCAGCAGCCUGAGCUUUCUGAAGAGCCCAUCCGUUCAACAGCAGCAUGUAUCCAUUACAGCAGCUGAAUAAAGCUGUUGUGCUUCCUCCUUUUUAAGAGAUAGAAUGUACCCCCCCACUCCCUGCGCUGGUGAAUAGAUUUCAGGUUUCCAAACACCUUUCGUAUGCUCUGUUAUUGACACGUAUCCUCCCUUUUCCACACUCGAUACUCUUUUCCAGAACUGUCAGAAGAAUGGGAAGUUGGUCACAGUUCUCAUGCUCAGAAUGGGGUGAGACUCAAAGUCAUUGUCUCACAGAUGCUCUUUCACAAAUAGAGGUCAGAGUCAGUGUCUCAUAAGGUUUUUUUGUUGUGUUUUUGUUUUUGUUUUUUUAAAUGCAAAUGCUGUUAGACAGUUUCGGUCUUUGUGUUUUGUAUAUCUGAUAUAGUAGGCUGGGUAGAGAAAUCCAUUAUCAGAAUGAUGGAAAGAAGUGGCAGGAGAGUGGAUGGUACUGUCUUUGUUUCUGAGAUAAAUCCCCUUUCUGUGAUAGUUUUGCAAGGCUUCGGCUGAAUAACCACUUUGGGAAAUGUCUUCAAUGCCAGGUCUACAGAGAUGAUUUUUCAUCUCAUCCCAAGAGAACACUGGAAACAGACAGAUGGUGGUACCGAGGUUUAUGUGCCACUGUUUUGAACGAAACUGUAUGGAUUUGCAAUAAAGAAAUAAUAAGU